AUGUUGAGAAUCCGCUGCAACAGGAUUCUAUUCGCUACUGACAUCACCAAGAUUUUCAGACAUAUUGAGGUUAAUUCGCUUGAUUGGCCACUUCAGUGCAUUCUCUGGAUAGAUGAGGAUGACCUAGUAGACGCUUACUGUCUCAAGACAGUCACCUACGGGAUCGCUAGUGCACCUUUUGACGCUGUACGUGUGCUCAUCCAACUAGUCAAGGAUGAAGGACACCGCUUUCCGCUAGCUGUUGCUCCAAUGCUGGAAACACGCUACGUAGAUGACAUCUACGGUGGAGCAGACAACGAACGAGACGCUAUAAAGGUUGCAGUGCAAACAAAAGCUCUGUGCGCCGCAGGCUGCUUUCUGCUCGACAAAUGGGCUAGUAAUAGUCCAACGUUGCUCGCUGAAGUCGCUCCAGAAAAGCAGCUAGAAACACCGCUUAAAGAAAUCAGUGAUGCACCAGUAAAGGUCCUGGGCAUGUACUGGAAUUCACACACUGACGCUCUCCAGUUCAAGUACACGCUACCGCCAGAGACACCUAAGACAAAAAGAGCUAUUUUGUCUGAAAUCGCUAAGUUGUAUGACCCGCUAGGACUUCUCGCACCAAUUGUCGUCAAGGCCAAGAUCUUUAUGCAAGAUCUGUGGCUAGAUAGAGUGUCAUGGGACGAACAAUUGUCACCAUCGCUCAUUCAUAAAUGGACUGGAUAUCGCGAGGACCUUCGAAAUAUCGAAUCCAUCCGCAUUCCACGCUGGAAUAAUAUUGCACCUGGAGCAACAGUAGAAUUGCACGGGUUCUCAGACGCUUCGCAAAACGCUAUGGCUGCCGCUGUUUAUUUGAGAGUCACUGACGCUGAUGGGAACACAAAGGAAGUUCAGUCGCUAGAAAAUGUCAGGAUUAAUCUCUGGACUGACUCCGCCGUGACUCUCGCAUGGAUUAAAAGUCCAGCAACCCGCUGGAAGACAUUCGUCCGCAAUAGAGUGGGAAAAAUCCAAGAAACGCUUCGAGAUGUCUCCUGGAAAUUUAUUCCAGGAAAGCAAAACCCCGCUGACUGCGCUUCAAGAGGUAUACCAACGCUAAAGCUAAAUCAAUACGCCCUCUGGUGGCAUGGACCGACUUGGCUUCAUGGACCAGAAUCCUCUUGGCCCACUCUGGAGCCUCCGGCUGACAACGCAACGCAUCGAGAAGAACGCCAAGGUCUGACACUAGUAACUUGGAAAGCAGAAAACUGCCUGCUCCAACAAUUACUAUCGCAUUACACGCAGCUGUUUCCACUGCUACGGAAGCUCAGCAUCUGGCAUUGUGUCAUCGACCGCUUCAAAAGAGUUCCACAAUCUUCGCUGGCCUACCCGCUUACUCCAUCAGACAUGGAGCGCGCUAAAUUGACCUUGAUUAAGUUCACUCAAGAACAAUACUUCGCUAGAGAGAUUCACAUGCUUCAAGAUGGUGAUGGUCUGCCGAAAAAUAACUGCAUCACCAAGCUGACUCGGUUCAUCGACCAUCAGUGGGUCCUGAGAGUCGGUGGCCGCUUGAAACACUUCAAUCCGCCUGGAGCUCCACAUUUUGGAGGAAAGUGGGAAGCCGCUGUGAAAUCAAUUAAGUUCCAUCUUCGACGAACAAUCGGAGACUCGCUGUUGACACUUGAGCAGUAUUCAACGCUAUUGGCUCAAAUUGAAGCCAUCUUGAACUCCAGACCGCUCACACCGCUGAAUGAAGAUCCUGCUGACCUGGCAGUACUGACACCAGGUCAUUUCUUAAUCGGACAGUCACUAACCGCAGUUCCAGAGCCAUCGCUGACAGAAGUACAAUCCGCUCGGCUCUCGCAUUGGGAACAAGUCCAGCAAAUGGUUCAACAUUUCUGGAAACGCUAUUAUCAGGACUGCAUCCACCGCUACCAGGCCAUUUCCAAGUGGCAUCAUCAACGCAACGAGAUCAAAGUAGGUUCAGUUGUACUGAUCACCACUGAAGAUCUCCCGCCAACUAAGUGGCCAUUAGCCAAAGUCAUCGCUUUCCAUCCAGGUGAAGAUGGACAAGUCCGCGUGGUGACUGUCAAGAUAGUUAACACAGAGCUAGUACGUCCAAUUACAAAGCUCUGUGUCUUGCCGCUAACAUAUGAAGAAGACGAUCUUGUCGACGCAGCCUCCAACCCGGGGGAGAAUGUUCAGUGA